AUGGUUAAUGAAUAUAAUGGUAAGAAUAUUCAUGACAGUUCACAUAAAUUGAAAAUUGAUCAGGAAGCUCAUUUUUGCAUAUUUACCGAGCUUAAAUCAUUUAUUGACAAUGAUACUAAGCUUCCUCCGAUAAAAUCGUAUAGUAAAAAUUGCAAAAACAGCGUAAAAAAAACCGACCAAAGAAUUCGUAAAAUUCCAAAUAGAAUUUUGUCUGAGGAUAAUUAUAAAGUUAGUGAAACAAUAAACUAUAAAGAUAGAGAUAAUAAUAACAAUGUUCGUGAAAGUUAUCAAGCAAGUUGUGAUAUUUACCCUAAAAAUAAUGAUGUAAUGGACGAUUGUAAUUCCAAUGAUAAUUGUAACAUCGAAAGCAAUGAAACUAAUAAUAGAAUUAACAACAAUGAUGACAAUAGUAAUAAUAAAAUCGAUGAUCAUAUUACAGAAAAUAAUAAUCACAAUAAUAGUGAAGUCGACGAAUUUAAUAAUCAUAACAACAAUAAUGAAAUUGAUGAUUGUAAUUACUGUAAUAGUAAUGCUACUUUAAAUAAUAAUGGUAAAGUUGGUGAAAUUAACAGUUCUUUUGAUAAUGACAAUAAAAAUGGAAAGGAACCGUACUUUAAAGAACACGUCAGAAAAAGACGUAUCGUAAAUACAUCUGCUAUGAUGGAUCAGUUACAUAAAGUAUUCGAUUAUAACCACAAAAGAUCUUGUGAAGGUCUUUUUCGCGACUUGAGAACGAUAAGAUCAACUGACCACGGUUUGCUUACACAAAUGUACUGGGAGUGUAAGAAAUGCCACAAAUCUGCUAGUAUUUGGUCGGAGUCAAAAAAGUCAACCAUUCAUAUGUCAUCAAACGAAAGUGCAGUUCUAAGUUCUUUGGUUUGUGGAACUGGUUAUUUAAAUCUACGUGAACAGCUAGCAACAAUGAACAUACACUGUAUGGCACCUGGAACUUACAGAAAGUAUCGUGACAAAUUAGAAUAUAUGGUUAUCGGAACUUCAGAGAAAGAAAUGGAAGAAGCGGCAGAAAUGGAAAAACUGUUAGCAAUAGAAGCUGGUGACGCUAUAUUGGAUAAAGAUAAUUAG